AUGACGGUCGGAGAAACGGCCGUCGUGACCGCGACUGGGGACUCAUCCCUUUUGUUAGGACGGGCCGGAUGCCCAGUAUGGCUCAAUCCUGAGCGCUUUUUAGCACCGGACUUUAACGCAGAUGCUUGUGUCGCUGACUUGCGGCGUUAUGUUCCACUCGCGACCCUGCAGAACGAGCUCAGCAGUUACCUGGCGACCCUCAAGACCAAGCUAGUUGAAGUCAUCAAUGAGGACUAUGCUGACUAUGUGGGACUUAGUGGCCGGCUGGCGAACGUCGAGGGGUCCGUGGUGCGCAUGCGGAAGCCCCUCCUUGACCUGCGGGACAAACUGCAUGCGGUACAGGAGGCCGUUCGCUCGGAGCUCAACUCCCUCAACCAGGGCCUCCGCAAGCGCAAGGAGGUGGCCACCCAGCGGGCGCUUUUGGAGCUGAUCCUGGAGGUGUCGCACGUAGCGGCCAAGGUCGACAAGCUGCUUGAGGAGCUGGCCGCUUCGGACCGAAGCGGGAGUACUACUCCAGCAGCUGCAGCAAAUGGCGCAGCUCCUGGCGGUCCUGCUAGCGCAGAUGGCUCCGGAGCCGGCUCUGGGACCAGCGAUGCGGAGCUUCUGGCGCAGUGUCGUAUGCUGGAGCGAGUUGCGGCCGAGGUCAGCCGGCUGGCUUUCCUGGCCAACAAGGGCAAGGACCUGGCCUUCGUACGCUCCCUGGAGCCCCGCAUUGCCGCCCACCGCGCUGCGCUGAGGAGCCGCCUUGCAACAGCCCUGGCGCUGGCGCUGGCGCCCGCCCCGCCUGGAGAAGGCUCCGCUGCCCCCUCGGGGCCACGCAGUAUAGCCGCGGCCCUGCAUGCCCUGCAUGCCGCCGCGGACCUCGGGGAAGCUGCGACGGCGGAUGCAGCAGUACGUUCGGUAGUAGUGGCGCCGCUAGUGGAGCGGCUGGUUGGAGAGCACAAGGGGCACUCUUCCGUUUCCCUUUCCGUGGCUAGCGCUGGUGCCGUCCCUGGUUCCGCGGGCGGCGGUGGCGGCCUUCCUGCCCUGCUGGGCAGCAUCCUGUCGGCCAUCCGUGCUCAGCUGGGGCCGCUGCUGGAUGCCAGUCUUGUUCCUGGGUCGGCCCUGCGUUCCAUUGACCUGCUGUCCAAUGCGGUGCUGGACGAGGUCCAAGGCACGCUGGCCGCGGCAAUGCCUGGCGUGUUUUCCCCUGGCGUGCCCCCCGCAUUCCACGCCAACUAUCUGGCUACUCUGGCUUGGCUACGGCAACUGGAGGGCAUGUGCGCGACCCGUGGGUCGGUGGAGCGCCUGCGGUCUUCAGCUGCCUAUGCCAGUCUGAUGCGGCGCUGGAACACGUCUGUGUACUUCUCGCUGCUGUACCAAGAGGUUGCGGGUGAGCUGGAGGACGCUCUGUCGACUGAUAAGCUGGAGCUGGCGGCUCUUGCAGGCACCAACUCGGUCGGUGGAACGGGCCCCAUUACCACCGCGGCACCGCCGCAGCUCGCAGCGACGGCGGCCCUGCUGCGCUGUCUCCGUCGUGCCGUCAGUCCCGACGUCGUACUACCCCCCCUGACGGACCGUUUUCUGCGCCUGGUGUUGCAGCUUGCGCAGCGCUAUGCCACGUGGGUGGCAGCUGCCGCAACGGCCCGACGGGAAGGCCCUGCUCCCGCUGCUGCCGGCGCCGGCACCGCUGGCAGCGGUGUGGCACCGGUGACCCCGACGGCAGCGCCACUAGCGCAAGGCGUCGGCUCUGGUGCGACCGGAAGUCCCGGUGGUGCCAGUCCCAGUGGCCCGGCGGCAUGGGCCCCGAUGCUGCCUGCGGACGAAGUAUUUGCAGUCGUGGCCGACACGGAGACGGUCAACCAGGCUCUACUGGGCUCUGUCACAGCAGCGUUCCUGGAGCUCCUACCUCCAGCACCCCCGUCGUCACAGCAAGCUGCCGCCGGGUCGUUAGAAGCGGCCCAAGGCAAACCCCCCGCCGGGGCCAACAGCGAUGGGGCCACCAGCGCCGCUGAGACAGCGGCGAGCUCCUCUGAUGCGGUAGCAGCUGCAGUGCGAGGUGCGCUGGCGGAGGUGGCCGCCGCUGUGCAGUCUAGCGGCCGCAGCCUCGCGGCGGCGGUAACGGAUGAGGUGGUGGAGCGCUGUGCCUCGGCUGUACGGCAGCUCAAGGGCAUUACCGCCACGUACAGGGUGACGUCAAAGGCGCCGCCGGUUCGCGCCAGCCACUACGUUUCUGGAGUGCUUACGCCAUUGCGGCAAUUGUUGGAGGCUGGGCCGGUGAAGCGAUUGGCACCGGAGCUUCAGCAGGAGUUGGUGGUGGUGCCCGUGGCUGAGGGCGUGUGCUCGCGCUAUGCGGCCCUGGCGGAUGAGCUGCUGGUGUCGGUGCGGAAGACGGAGAGCAGUCUCAAGAGGCUCAAGAAGGCGAAGGGAGGGGCGGGCGGCGAGGAAGACUCGGCGGCUGGUUUGUCCGACUCGGACAAGAUCACCCUGCAGCUGCACCUGGACGUGGAGGAGCUGGGGGUGCAGCUGAACCAGCUGCUGCUGCCGCCAGGCAGCGACCCCGCCGCGCUGCUGCCGGCCUUCCGCCGACUCAAGGAAGUAGUGGCGCCGCCGCCUGGGCUUCCGCAGCCGCUAGGUGGCGGAGGCCUUCUAAGCUUUGUGCGCCAGGCAAGCAGGGCCCGGACUCAGCUGUUCGCCCUGACAGCGGCAUCUGCGGGUCUCAUCGCGUGCGGAAUGACAGAUGGACGCCCUGAUAAUGAAACAAUGUCGCGGUUGAAACUCCCGGACGUUAUCCCUGCUGCGAGGGCCGACGCGAAGAUAGAAGCGCAGCAGACGGGUAGCAAACUGCCAGCAACGGUCUCAAUUGCGCUGACUGGAUUUGAAGACGUUCAGGAUGUGAACGGAUUUGUGACUUCAGCACUUCAGAAGACGUUAAAACACCAGAAAAACUCUCCCCUGCAAUCCAUGGUGUCCUCCCGGACUGACACCGACAGUUCCAACCUCUCGCCACUUAGCUUCGGCCAGCAGGCGCCCGCGCCCACUCUGGAGCCAGCCGCCUUCUACUCCCAGCUAGAAAAGCAGCCUCUGUCGGAAAAGAUUCUGAUCCUGGACGACAUCAUCGACUCGGUCAUCAUGGAAGCCCAGAGAUCGGCUGAGGUGUCGGGCCUCACGGUGGGCAUGCUGGGCGGGGGCCUGGCCUGCUACGCGCUGGUGGGCUGGUGGGCUGAUCUGGCACUACCAGGUGUGGGUACGGUGGCUUGCAGCGCGGUAGCGGGCACUGCGGGGCACCAUAGGGCCCAAGUGGCGGCGAAACGCACCCGCACUCGGCUGCUGAACGCCGUUUUGGACAGCCAGCCGGUGGGGCUCCGUAACGCCUUCAUCGACUACCUGUCGGCGCCCUCCCUGGACGUCAAACAGCGCAUCGCAUCCGAAGUCCGCCCCGCGGUCUUCUUUCGGGACUUUUACACUGCCGUACAGCCACUGUUGAAGCAGGUACUUGUUUCCGUGGGGGGCAGCCAGGAGCUGGUCCUGAGGACCGCCGCAUGA